AUCACGGGGCGCAGUUUGAUUAGGUGGCCUUCAGUAUUAUUAUUACUAUUAUUUUUAGAACAAGUCCUUCAGUAUUAUUGUUAUUAUUAGUUAAUUAACUAAACGGGUGGCAACGGGCCCAUGUCAUGUGGUAUCACGAUCACCCAUCAACCACUAUUGGCUGUCCUCCCCGUCAGUGUUGAUUGGUUCGGGUCCCAGCGCAGCAUAUAAAGUUUCCAACUAACAUUGCCCACUUUCAAGCUGGAAUCACGAGGGGAAUGGUAGUAAAGUCAUUUGCAUCAAUAAUUGCAUCGUCUGACACACUGGACUCCGAGCCCGCCUGUUUUCUGUCUAGUGGGUUGCAGUAGAGUUUGAAGCCCGAUUAGCCCAGCAAAAGUUAGUUUUUAACUUUGCAAUUUGCAAACCGAAUUAUCUGUGAAACAAGACAUGGCAAGAACAAGGUAUAAUCCUCCACCUCCCAGUCCCGCUCACUUCUGUCUGCUUAUCUUGUUCAUCAUCGCCCCUCCCUUAAAUGGCACAGAGCUUGUGAAGGAGGUGUGCAACCACACCUCUGACUACGCAUUCUGUGUUGAGACUUUAAAUACAGGUGGCCCCCUGGCCCUGGCCGGUGACCUUGCCAAUGCCGCUUUACGCUUUGCUCAAACCAAGGCCAGCCACGCCCAGUCCCUCAUAGCCGGCCUUCUUAAGAAUGCCACCACUCCCGUGGACCGCAAUCGCCUCCAAAUAUGUCAAAGCUGCAGCAACAAGGCCGUAUCUGAGCUUUCAUCGGCUAACAAUGACUUCAACUCCGACACCCUGGACACCAUGGUAGAAGGGAUGAAUAGUGCGGCUGAUGCUACUAAAGAUUGCCAGAAUCAGAUCCAAGGCAGAGGCACCUACUUUUCAGAGCUGGCCACCAGCAAUGGUGACUUGAUCAAACUUUGCGAAAUUUGUAUUGUCUCCACUAGAUAUUUUACUGUGGAAGAUUUUUACUAACUUAACUCUUCUUACUGAUUUAGGGUUUAGCAUUUUGAUCAAUCUUUUGCUGUUUUAAUUAAAGCGGAAAGAAGUAGUGUAUGCAGUGUUUGGUGUUUUUAACAUUCAAAAUCAAAUACAAGCUGGCAUAACAUUUGCCAAGGGGAUUCAAUCUUGCUUUGAA